AUGUCGCCCGUUGAUCCAGUCUCUCCAACCUCACCUAUGGACAUCUCGCCAGGUACUCCCACAGCCACCCAGCAGCAAUUCAGGUUUCCUGCACCACCAGUCAUUUCACCCAGUUUGCACUUACCAAAGUUGGUCACCAGUUUCCAGAAUUCUGGUAGAAAUGCUAGUGAAUUAAGGAGAAUGUCAGCACAAUUUCAGCUGCCUACGCCAUCACCUCUGAGUCUAGGUCUGACACCACUUACUGCCAUUCACCGCAGGGGUUCCACUCCAUCAGUCAGACAUGGUACAGCCAUAAACCCUGAUAAUCUAUUCUCCUCGACAGCAACCUCAGCUCCCGGCGCUUUGCCUCCGCCAUAUUCGGAUCUGCCACCUGUUAGUCCGUUGGCGUCGAGACGGGUUCCAGCCCUUCGGAGGCAGGAUGCCAUGGAAGGUCUCAAAGAUAUCCAGGGUGAGGUCAGCAGCCCAAUUAUCCUGCAAGUCAUUAGCCUACCACUGAGAGUGAGUACGAGACGAUCGUCAUCACCACAAGCGCCAUCCGCAGAAGUACAAGCUCAACAUGUUGAAGACCUCAACGAGGAGCUUGCCUCCUACGCAACAUCCAACGCCCCGCGAAAAUAUAGACGAAUUCUACCGAAAGACCAGGCAGGUAUCGAACCACAAACAACAGGCGUCAGACUUCGCUCUCCUAUCCACAAACGUCGCCAUCGUCGCAACCACAGUCGCAAUUUCUCACAUUCAUUACCUGUAGGGAUCAGGGUCGCACGCAAACCGACUCCCGAACAAAUCCACUAUGCCAGGGUAGUCAACCACUACGCCACCGAACUCGUCCCUCUGAUCAGCGUGCGUACUGGCGAAGCACAUCCGGAUUUUCCUAGCUCUUUGCUCCAAUACCACCUCCUAACCCACGACCAGCUCGACAGUCUUGCUCGUCAUUACCACCAGACCAUCGAUGCUGGAGAUGAGCGGUGGGACUACCCGUGCCCGAUCGCCUGGGGUAAGGUCUGGUGUGGGAACAACCCAGCUCCUACGACCUCUCUACCCAACCAGUCAAGACGACAUCUAGUUGACUUGAACACCAAGAGACGCCGCUUCGGUCGCUUCAUCGGACUCAAGGUCGAGAGUAGUCCUGUCCAAUCCCCUCGAGAGGCACAAGAGCAGGGUGAGGGUCUUGUGGAGCGAAUGGAACGAGAAUGGAGGGAAUCACUGAGACGUGUUGAGGAUGAACAUAAAUUGAGGGGGAAGAUGUGGGGACGACGGGGAUUCUGA